AUUUAUUUGACGCCAUGUGACUCGGGCACUGUAGUCCCAGCACGAACCGAGGUAAGGAGGCGGGCGCGGGUUGUGCGAGUGCCGGCGAGGCAGAGCCGAGGAGAGCGGAUUUCAACUAGAAGUAAUGGAAAACCAGAUGAAGAAUGAGAGAAAGGAAUUCAUCACCGUGUGGGUUCGCGAUCCAAGAAUCCAGAAGGAAGAUUCCUGGCAGUCGUUUGUAGAUUAUGAAAUCUGUCUUCAUACCAAUAGUAUGUGUUUUACAAAGAAGACGUCCUGUGUUAGAAGACGUUACAAGGAAUUUGCUUGGCUUAGGCAACGACUACAAGACAAUGCUGUGUUGAUAAGUUUACCAGAGAUUCCUCCUAAAAUCCCCUUUUUUAGUGCCAGUAAUACGCAGCUUGUGGAGCAACGUCGCCAAGGCCUUCAGGAAUUCCUAGAGAAAGUAUUGCAGAGCAACAUCCUCCUUUCGGAUAGUAGAUUGCAUCUCUUCUUGCAGACGCAGCUAAGCACCACAGAGAUCGAGGCUGUGUCUCGGGUCUGACCGACUACCACAGUUACAGAUGCUAUUCAUAGGCAUGCAGACGUCCAACCGAAGGUUCCUGCUGAAGAAGCAUAGAAAGUAAAGAUCUAUUUAGAUUUAAGUUGAAAGAUUUUUAAUCCAGCUAUAUUUUUCCGACAAAAGCAUUGUUAAUUGACCUCAUUGUUAUAGAGCUGUGACAGCUCAUCAUAGAAAGCUGCUCACACCUACACACUGAGUUAAUGAAUGCAGUGAAAAUUCAAUUAUCUGUAUUCUGAUUAUCUGAAUUUCAUUUUGUUAGACUUGGGUUAUUUCCUUUUAAAUUAUCUAGCAAAAAAUAUCAGACUCUACUACAAACACCUAAUUAAAAGACAAAUUUCCUGUCUCUCUGAGACUGGAGAUAAUUAAGGUUCUCCUCUGUUACUCAGGCUUUAACUGUGUUGUAGAAACCAAUUUCCUCUUUAUUAUUUUAUUUCAUCAGCACUUCAUCCUCGGGGCUUGGAAAUGGCAGCAGUGACAACAAUGUGAAGUCGUAAAAGAUGAAAAUUGCAAGGAUCUGUUUUGUGGCUCAUUUUCUGUUUUGGGCAUGUGUUCCAAAUCUGCUGUCUAGACUGUUGUUCUCCAAAUCUAAAUCAUCCAAAUAGACCUCAUUUGCAAAAGAAAUUUGUGGAAGCUUGUAGUUUGAUGCAGUGUUUUUUCUGUGUAGAUACUAAAGUCUGACUCUGAGCCAUUGUAUUUUAAUUGCGGCUUCUGGAAUGAAGAGGAAGGAAAAGCCUUAAGAAAUUUGGGUUUUUUUUUGCAGGACAUGUUCGAUUGCAGAAAGCACCAAAAAUAAACGACUGCAAUGAAUUAGAGAGAAUCUAAAUAUAAUUGAAAUCAUAAAAUAUAUUUGAUGUAUCUUUUUUUUCUGAACAGAACUCAAACUUGAACUAUUUAAUUGCACCAUAUGUGGGGUGUGAGUUUGUAUUAUGCAUGCUAUUAAUGGCAAUCCAAAGUUACCAUGGUUGUCUUUAAUACAAGAGCUGUUGAAGAAAAUAUUGUUGUUACACAUGGGAAAUGUCAUUCAGUCAAUCAUAAAUCACUCCUGGAUUAAUUUAUGGAAAUUAAUCAUUCAGUGUCUUGAUUUAAUAACUUAUUUGCUAUGCAAACUUAUUGCUUUCAGUCUGUGAUUCUCGUUGUAUUUGAUAAAGAUAGCAAAAUUCACUGUGGAGGAAAAGUAACUCUUUCUGCUAUAGCUUUUCUGCUCCAUUGAAGCAAUUUAUAUUUUUGAAAUCCAAGCUUUUUUUAAAAAUCAUUUAGUGCUACAACAUUAAUUAGGGCAUUGUUGGUGUACUGCACUUCUGUUGACUAUUAUCCUGAAGAUCAAAUUCACAUUUUACUUGACAAUGUAGAAAAUUGACCGUUUCAUUUACUUAUCAGACCACUGUUACUUUAACUCUUUACAUGGAAUUUUAGUUGGGAUUACUGGUUUGGCUUUGUUCAGAAUGUAUUCUCUUGUUCCUUGCAACAUUUGUUUUCGGUCAUCAAGUUGCUAAAUACCCUAAGGUCAGAUAAUAAUUCCAUUUUUCUCCUGACUAGGAAGGUAGCGUAUUUGGGUAAAGGAAUGUUGAUCUAGCUGCUUAUUGCUAACUAGCAAUCCUUACUUUUGAAGUGCAUGUGCUUGCAUUGUUCUGAUACCCUUCUGGACGAAAGCCAAUAAAUAAAUAACUGGUUCCAUGCUUCACAUGAAAAUGGCCACUUGGUGAGAUAACAAUGAGUGAGCACGACUUAUGGAACCUUGACACAGCAGGGGGGAGUUAUCCUUAUGGAGGGGAGAAAGUUGAUUGGCUGUGUAUUGUAAAUGAGCUUUUUAUUUAAAAAAGUAAACCGUUAAUUUCCUAUUUUGCAAUGUCAGUGUUGUCCCCAAAACGUUUUAAUUUUUCCAUCUUUUGAUUACAGAUAUUGAAGUUAUCUUGUGGUUUAUGGGUCUUAGGAAGCAAUAUAACUAUGAGCAGCCUAAUUCUUUAACUAAUUGCCCAGGGGAUAGAACUCUUUGGGUUUCUUUUCUAUCCUGAUCUUAUCAAGAAAGUUAACAUGUUUGAGGGAAGCGGUUACUAGCUUAUUUUGACUAUAUUGAUUCCUCCAUAUUGUAGUAAGCUGGUUCUGAAAUACUAACUUUCUCCCUACCUCCACAGAUGUACCAUGACCUGCCGAGUAUUUGCAGUAUUUUCUUUUUUAUUAAACUGAAAUUGGAUUUUCUCAUUACUAAAGAGAACACUUUAUUAAAGUGCAUAAUUAUCAUACCAUUAUUUGACUCCUUGAUAUUGAGAAUUUGCAUUUGUCUUUGAGUUUUUUGAAUAUAUAGUUAAUUAUUUAGCCUGCUAGCCAUGAGGCUGUUGUCUGUGAGAACUCAAACUGUGCAAUUGAGGUUAGUUUUGCAGAAAAUUGGAGAAUGAGAAAAGCUGGAAGUUUACUAGAUGUCUGGGAUGCUGUACUUAAUUUGUAUAAAAGUUUUAUCAUUUAAUGUCAAUGUUCAUGGAAUUGUGCAAUCCUGUACUUAAUAAAUCAAUUA